AAGCAACUCUCCUCCACAUCACGUGUGACCCAGCCGAACCUGGACCUUGUCCGUCAUAUUCUAAGGGUGGGGCCAAAUAUUUGGUCGCAGUGACACCAGACGGGAUAGCCUACAGCAACGCUGGGUUACCGUGUGCACCUCGUCCGCUCUAUGUCACGACUGUGGGCCCCCCACUCUCGCGAUCACGACAGCGUCCUUUCACCCCCAAAGGGCUAUGUGACACCGCCCUUCCCAAGCCUCCACAACCCCAGCCAGGAUUUCCGCAAUCGGCGUAAUUCACCCCAACUGUACUAUUCCAAGGACAUAUUUUUUUUCACUCUCUAUUGGACGUUGAUCAUGUAUGCGGCAACAUACGGCCUCUGUGGCUUGUGGGCAGCGGUUAUCAGCUGCCGCUCUUCUCGGAGGAAAGGGCGUUCGCCCGUGCCCGCGUUACUCUUGCUACUGUUAUUCCUUAGUGUUGGGGGGGUUUCUGCAGUCUUGGGGUCGGCAGUAGUUGGAUACGUUCUGGCUGCCGUGUAUUCCGUUGGAUAUUUCACAAUGUCAACUUGGGUGCCCUUUUUGUGGGCGUUAGUCCAGACAUUGAUUACAAUAAUGGGAUCUUACUCAACCAUCGUUACUCUUUUGUAGCAGAAGGCAUGAGACCUGUAUACCCCACCGCCCUCGCUCAUUUCUCUGGUCUCUAUCUGGUACCAUGUGGUGUCCCCUGCUCGCAAUUCUAUGCUGUUCAGCCACCAACGCCAGCUAGGCCGUGGCCCAGCAUCAGGUCCGUCUGCCAUACCUAGGCCUCUUGCUCCCCUUGGGAUCCAUAACAAGUGCGCCUUGGCCCUUGAGCCUGCCGCGCGCAUCCUGCUUGGCUGUGUAUUGAACCCAAGAUGCCUGUCUUAGAUGCUUGCAAGCAUCAUACUUAAGGGUGUACCGUACGCCAGGUUCGCAACUCAGUGGCCAUUUUCAGUUUUCGAGACCAUGAUUCCAGACAUAACUCUGUUUAUCUCGUGUACACUUGACAUUCAAAGAAAUUGCUAGAGUCUUCCGAAACACUGUAAAUUAAUAUGUUAGGAAUAGUGGAUUUAAAAUACAUAUGUCGAAG